AUGAGUAGAUCUCGUUCAUCUGACUAUUAUCACUCUGGAAGAGAACAUUCUCCAGAUGAUAGGAUUGAUCAAUUGAAUAUUCGUUAUCGAACUUGUCAUUCAUAUGUUUCUCCAGAACAAAUCGAUAAUGAAAACGACGAUACUUGUGCAUGUAAACGACCGCAAGACAAACAUAAAUUUCAACAAUCAAUAGAAAAUUCUCGCUGGACUAUGAUAUAUAAUACUCGAGAAGAAAUUAAUGCUGCAUAUGGUCGACUUCAAAAGGGUGCAAAGUUUGUUCGAUUAGCUUUGGAUACACCUGAAGAAAAAACUGAAAAAAUUCUUCGUGAUGCUUGGGACCUUCUAACACCUUCAUUUAUUAUAUCAAUUAUUGGUGGUGCAAAAUAUUUUAAAAUAAGUGAUCGACUUGAAACAAAUUUUAUAAAUGGUAUUAUUGAUAUAAUUCAAAAAUCAGAUGCAUGGCUUAUUACAAAUGGAUAUGCUACUGGUAUUGUUCAUCUUGUUGGACAAGCAAUUCUUAAAUUUAAAUUAUCAAAUGUUAAGAAAAACUCCAUCAUUGCUAUUGGUAUUUGUAAAUGGGGUAGUAUAAGAGAUGUAGAAGAAAUAACACGUCCAAAAGAUGAAGAAACAGAACAGAUAACUACUGAUUCAUCGAAUAUUAAUAACAAGAAAAGAUUAAAAACACGUCGAUCUGGUGAAUGGGAUCUUGAAACGAAUCAUAGUUAUUAUCUUAUGUUGGAUGAUGGUACUCUUCGUAAUUAUGAUACACAAGAUUAUCGAACCCGUUUGGUCACUCAUAUGGCAAGAAUAAAUAGUGAACAUGAUUUUUUCGUACCUGUGGUUACGAUUGUGGUUGAAGGUGGUAUAGAUACAGUAAAAAAUAUAUAUUAUGAUUUAAAAUCCAAUAUUCCUGUAGUUAUUAUUGAUGGUAGUGGUCGUGCUGCUGAUUUUUUUGCUCGUUGGUUAUUAUGGACGAAGGACCUUGAUAAAGAUGUUAAACAUCGAGAUAUCGUUUGUGAAAUUGAAGAACUAAGUAUUGAAGAUGACAAUACAGAAUGUGAGACCAUGAGACCUCAAAACACAGAUGCAAAUAAACGAUCCAAAUCGAAUGUCAAUAUGAAUGAUCAUACUGAAUGUCAUAUUAAUUCUAAAAGUAAAAAACUUGUACAAAUUUUCGACAAUUAUAAGGAACGAAUCAAAAAAGAUAUAGAAGAAACUUUCUUUAAGAAUAAAAAAUCGAAAAAAAAAGACAGCAAUAAAGAAAAUGCUGAUACAGUCCUUGAUCAAGUUAUGUAUUGUCUACAACCAGCCGUUCGUUCUCAUUUAACUGUAUUUAAUUUAAAUUCGAAUACUGAUUUAUCCGAAACAAUUUUUCGAAGUAUUUGUCGUUCCCGUCAAAAAUUAACACAAAUAAAAGAACAAAACAGUAAUGAUCGAUUUGGAACGAGCAGAAGAACAUUACCAAAAUUAAAUACUCGACAAGAAAUAAUUGAUAACCGAAUGGCUCGUUCUAAGAUUAUGGAAAAGGAUCAAACUAUCGAACGAACAAGACUACUUGAUUUAGCAAUGAAAUGGGAUUGUAUUCAUGUUGCAAAAGAAUUUAUUUUUCGAAAUUCAUUAGAUAGUAUUUUGAGCAAAGAUACAUAUUUUAUAAAAGCUCUACAAGAAAAUUUACCAAACUUUGUCUAUGAGUUUCUGAAAUUAGGAAUUGAUCCAGUUGAUGUAUUCUUUGAAAAAAAACAACAUUCUAAAGGAGGAUCUCGAUAUGCUAAAUUUAUUGAAGAGCUUUAUGAUGAUGUUUUAAAGACGAGUAGCGAUGAAACUCAUUUAAAAUAUUUUAUCGAAAUUAAUAAAUUUGACACGGAUAGAAACAUUAAGACUAUUGAUUCACUUAAUCAAGCUCUCAAGAAUCUUAUUGGUGAUUAUAUGCAUGAACUCUAUUUUGAAACACCAGAAGACGAAAAAAAUGAUCGAAUAAAAUGGGGAUUAAUAAAAAAUUCUGAAGAAUCAGAGCAAGAUAAAAAUAAAGAUACUAAAAAUGAACAAUAUGUAUCAGAUGAAGCAAAAAAACAAAAAGAAUAUAAUUAUAUAAUGCGUGACUUAUUUUUAUGGGCUAUACUAAUGAAUCGUAUUGAUAUGGCGAAAGUCUUUUUAUCUCAUAUGAAAUAUCGAAUAUGUCCAGCAUUGAUUGCAACAAAAAUUUUAAAACAAUAUCAUUCAAAAGCACAUUAUGGUGAUUUAAAAAAAGGCUAUGAAAAAGCUGCAACAUAUUUUGAACAAUAUGCAAUUGAUUGUCUCGAUAAAUGUGAUGAUAAUGAUGUUGACAAAGCAUGUGAAAUUGUUAUACAACAAAAUGAACUUUAUGGAUAUGUUACUUGUCUUCAAGUUGCUUCUGAUGCGCAGGAUAAAUCAUUUCUUUCAGAACCAACUUGUGUACAAGCUAUGAAUAAUAUUUGGUAUGAUAAACUUAGUCCAGAACAAACAAGUAUUCGUCAUCGAUGGGGUUUGCUUUCUGGAAUUGUUUCACUUGGUCUUUUGGCUCCCUUUUUCGUUACGUACCGAGAAAGUAAAGAGAAACGAAAAAAAAAUGGAUCUACACCACAUAAAUUUCGAGCUCAUGGUAUUAAUUAUGGUGAACCGACACUACUGGAAUAUCCACGCAUUCCAAAACCACUAACAGAGAGUGUAGUCAUUCGUUAUGAACGUAAAUUACAAAAAUUUCAUCGGUCGUUACCUAUGAAAUAUUGUUAUCAUUUGAUAACAUAUAUUUUUUUUCUUUUACUCUUCUCGUAUUUUCUUUUGUUCAAUUUCUCACCACCAAAACCUCAAAGUCCAUCGAUACAUUGGACUGAAAUAUUAACAAUUAUUCUUGUUUCAUGUAUAUUAAUAGAAGAAAUUCGUUAUUUUUUCGCUCAAGAUAAUUUAACCUUUCCUGGAAAAGUAAAAAGUUAUUUUCGUAAUUCUUUUAAACCAAUGACGAUACUUGCACUUACUCUUUUCUACAUUGGAUUAAUUUUACGAUUUGCAAAUGCAGAUUCCGAAGAUGAAUUUGUGGCAGCUAGAGUUGUGAUGGCUAUUGAUGUUGAAAUUUGGUGGCUUCGUUGUUUAUCAUUUAUUAUCGUUAUACCAUUUCUUGGGCCACAUCUUGUAGCUAUUGGACAAAUGCUUAAAGAUCUUAUAUUUUUUACGUGUAUCAUUGCAAUUGUUAUGAUUGGUUAUGGUGUUGCAUCUCGUUCAAUGGUUUAUUAUCCAGUAGUGAACAAGUUUACAACGGAGACAGAUGGUUUUAUAAAUACUACCUUUGACGGUAGACUUGUUUUUCGUCAGAUUUUAUAUCCUGUUUACUACUUCUUAUAUGGAGACUUUGGUGAUGAGUUAACAAAUCUUGAUAGUAAUCCUGAUGCUGGAUGGUCAAUUGCAACUCAUGUAUUACUUGCUAUUCAUAUGAUUUUUGUGAAUAUUUUAUUAGCUAAUUUACUUAUAGCUAUGUUUAGUAAACGAUUUGAAAAAGUUUAUGAAGAUACACGAAAUAUUUGGCAUUCACAACAAUAUUUAUUUACACGUGAAUAUUUCACACGUUCACCAUUUUUACCACCAAUAAGUCUUAUUUAUGAUAUUUAUUAUUUAAUCCGUAUGUUCGUCUUCUUUAUAAGACGAAAAUGUUUCGAUAAAUCAGCAGAUCCAGAGGCUCCAGCAUUCAAAAUUAUUCCCAAAAAGAGAGAUAUUAUAAAAGAAUGGCAUGACUUUGAAGAUGCAUUCACAUCUGACUAUGCUCAUGAUGAAGUAAAAGCAUUGAUAACCGCGUCUAUGAAAUCCAAAUCUGGCUCAGAUUCAGACAACAAAAAGAAAAAAGACGAUAUGGUUAAACAUGAUAAUGAUUUAAAUAAAGCUAAUGAUAAUCUUAAACAAGUACAAACCGAUUUAUCCAAAUUGAAUACGAUUGUUGAAGAAAUGAAUAAACGAUUGGAAGACGAAAUUACACCUAUUCCAUAA